AGUGUAGCCACAAGGCUACUGACGAAUUAAACAGUUGACGAGCUUACGAUCGGUGCGGGCAUCGAACGCGUUCAAAAAUGACAAUUUUAAUUCGUGAAUUUUGUUUUUUAUUACAAUUAUCGAUAAUUUACUGUGCGCUUCCACCGAUCCAGAAAUGUAAUCUAUCUGAUGAGAAUUGUAUGAAAAGUGCUGCACAAACUUUCGUGCCGACAAUAGUUGAAGGAAUCGCGGAACUUGGGACAGAAGUACUUGACGUGAUGCACGUGGAUUUGAUCAAAGUAAACCUUGCAGGACUCAAAUUAACGAUGCGUGAUGCUGAAAUAAAAGGAUUGAAAAAAUCGGUGAUAGAGAAAAUAAGCAUUGACAUGGCCAAAAAAGAAUUGCAGUUGGUAUACCACAUGGACAUUGCGUUAAAAUCAAAAUACAAGGCCGCAGGAAGGCUGCUUAUUCUACCAAUCAGCGGUGAUGGAGAUGCAACUAUUAAGCUAAAAAAUCUCCAAAUCCAAGCGACAUACCCGUUCGUAAUAGUACAGAAUGCUGAUGGUAAAGACACAAUUGAGUUGAAGAGUUACAAAUACAACUACAAAGUAAAGGAUAACGCUCAUUUCCACCUCACUAACCUGUUCAAUGGGAACAAACAACUGAGCGACGUAAUGCUCAAUUUCAUGAAUCAAAACUGGAAGACGCUUACUGACGAAUUUGGAACACCUGUUUUAGAUCAACCGCAACAGAGAAUAUUUAAUGCGAUAAGGGAUUAUUUGAAGGCGCAACCGUUAGAAGAAAUAGCUAUCGUAUAAUUCACUUUAUUAAUAAAUGAUUUAGUCUUAAAGAUCUCGAUAGAGAUGUGCUUACCAAGGAUUUAUACUUUAAGUUGGUUUAAGCUGUGAAAGAAUACAAUAGUUUUAAAGUUUUAUGAUGUAUUAUUGUGAUGACAGAAAUUAAGACACACAAGUGAUCAUGUUAGAGUUGUAUUACAAUUAAUUGAUGUUUACAAAUUUAAUUAUUUGUUGGAAUUUCAGUCAUAAAUGUUACUCAUCAGAUAAAUUACUCCAAUUCCAAUUUGUUGUGAUUGGCUAUAUCAUUUACAAUCAAUGACAAAUUACAAAGACAUUAAACAGUGUAGUUAGUUAUAGACCGGACAUCAAGAGCAAAUUUUUGCUCCAAAAGUUAUUACCAAUUAGUAAUAAGAAUGAUAAGCAUCGAUAAAAUGGUAAUAAGUCGCUGUCUUGUUUGAAAUGUCCGUGUAAAAAGAUGUCAUAGCCUACUAAAAUAUUAAUACAAAUUAAUACAGAAAAUAUGCUAAUAUGCGCAUUGAGUAACUAUUGCAUGAGCGCAAAAUUUUUGUAUGACAAUCUUCCCAAUGUCUGCUUUAUGUAAUCUUAGAACUCUGAUUAUUAUUAUGACCUUUUUAUCUAGAAUAAAGACUAAUUGGUGUUGAGUUGAAGUAGUGAAAGGCAGGUGUUCGUAAAAAAAAAUUAAAUGAAAAUGGAAACAGGCCAGUACCGAAUAAUCAAAGACAAAACAGUGAAACAUAGUAUAGUAGUAGUAGUACUUACUUUUAGAAAUAAUAUUUUUUAAAGAAUAAUGAUAAUAAAAUGCUAUUAGAAGUGAA